UUCCGCGCUUAACUGUCACAGGUCCGUGAUCCUGCUCCUCCUCGCUAAUAUGUGGCUAUAAUCCCGUUUUUUGUCUUCCUUUUGAAAAUGUUGACGGGAGGGGUGGUCUCGGUGGGGGUCUCGUCUUCAUAAAACAGUGCUUGCAUUUUACAAAUGCAAAAUGCGGUGGUGUUCAAGCUCUGCGUUUCACCUGCUGCGCUGUGUGCGGCUGCGGUUGUGUAGCAGGCGGGGACAGAACAGGCUUCCUUUGUGGAUUAGGGAAAUAUGGGCUUAUAUGAGACUGCUGGCAAAAUCACUCUACUUUAACUCGCUCACAGACUCAGAUGUGGUGUUUGACUCAGUCUUUGAACCAGUUUUCCUGACUGUGGAUUACGUCACCCGGUGGUUUGGUCUGGUGUUUGUUUACCUGGUGGUGAUACUGACCAGCUCCAUCGUGGGGAUAGCCUAUGUGGUCUUGCUGCCUCUGAUCCUCAACACUUACUCUCCUCCGUGGAUCGCUUGGCAUGUUUGUUAUGGACAUUGGAACCUCAUCAUGAUUGCUUUCCAUUACUACAAAGCCGCUAACACCUCUCCUGGGUAUCCCCCUACAGAAAAACAUGAUGGUCCAGUUGUAUCAGUCUGCAAAAAGUGCAUUAUUCCUAAACCAGCAAGAACACACCACUGUGGGAUCUGUAACAGAUGCAUUUUGAAAAUGGACCAUCAUUGUCCCUGGUUGAAUAACUGUGUGGGCCAUUUUAAUCACCGUUACUUCUUCUCCUUCUGUCUCUUCAUGACCUUGGGCUGUGUAUACUGUAGCAUCAGUGGGAGAAACCUGUUCCUAGAUGCAUACAAUGCACUCGAGCACUUCAAACAUUUGGAAUUGGAAAAGCCUGGAAUACCGGUAACAGGGAUGGGACUGCUUAUAGGGCUUCUUCCUUCUGGCCAGACCCACUAUCAGACCCCUGCUCCUCCAUACACAUUUAAGGAUAAGAUGAUCCAUAAGAGCAUCAUCUACAUGUGGGUCCUCACCAGCACAGUGGGAGUGGCACUGGGAGCUUUGACCUUCUGGCAUGCAGUUCUCAUCUCCAGAGGAGAGACGAGUAUUGAAAGACAUAUCAACAGCAAAGAAACAAAGCGGAUGGCCAAAUGGGGAAAGGUUUACAGAAACCCCUUUAACUACAGCAGGUUGAAUAACUGGAAAAUCUUCUUAGGUGUGGAGAAGAGAAGUCACUGGGUGACGCGUGUUCUCCUUCCCUCUGCUCACCCCCCACAUGGUGAUGGCUUGACGUGGGCUGUCUUCCCAGUUAAAAAGGAUUUGAUACCUGUAUGACAGACUCUUCUAAGGCAUACCUACUUGUCUAAUUUACCAGUCUUUUCUCUGUCAACCUACUUGAUGGGGUUUGCUUAAAGGAUUCCUGCUUGGUGGCUACACCUAAAUGAAAGGAUUUACGUCACUCUCCAAUACCUCAAAAACUUGCUGUUGCAUUGCUCUUGCUUCUGCAGUCUAUAUUGGUCAACAAGGCAAUGUGUCACAGUUUGUUCUGUACUGGUUUUACUUGACUCUGAGCAUGAGUUUGAUAGUUUUAUAAGCCAAAUAUACUGACUGAACUGUUAAAUGAUUUUUUUUAAGCAAACCAUCUCAGCUUUGACCUGAGCUGUUUUUUAUUUAAAGAAAAAAAAAGAAGUAGCAGAAGAAAAAUACUAAGGUCACGGACACAUCGGGUUUAUCUCGGCACCUCCGCCUGUCUUGUUUGCACACCCUAGUGUGAUAUUAUCAUUUGAUUUGAACACUCACGGGGAAUUGCAGUACCAUUAUGAUGUUAUUUAUCUGAAUUUUGUACGUAUUAAGUUAAUCUUUACAACAUUAAAUAAAUUCUACAUUGUUAA